AUGUCGCAGGAAGCCCAAAAAGGCUCUGGCUCUGAGAGCCCUGCUGACAUUACACAACCUCUCUCCCAGCCCGCCCAUAGCCUCUCCUUCGAAGACGUCAUCAGCGAACUCCAGACCAAUUCUGACGAUGGUCUGACAACUGCGGAGGUCAAGCAGCGCCUUGAGAAAUAUGGCGAGAACAUACUUGAAGGGGACGAAGGGGUCUCCUUGGCGAAGAUUGUCAUUCGACAGAUCGCCAAUGCCAUGAUGCUGGUCCUCAUUAUCGCUAUGGCCGUCAGUUUCGGUAUCCAGUCCUGGAUCGAAGGAGGCUUCAUCGCUGCCGUCAUCGCUCUGAAUAUCGUUGUCGGUGUCUACCAGGACUACGCCGCAGAGAAGACUAUGGACUCGCUGCGCUCGCUCAGCUCCCCCACAGGUGUAGUAUCUCGCGAUGGCAAGACGGCAACCGUCCCAGCCAAUGAGAUCGUCCCCGGUGACAUGGUUGAAUUGAAAGUAGGAGACACUGUUCCUGCUGAUGUCAGACUUGUUGAAGCAUUCAACUUUGAAACCGACGAAGCACUGCUAACCGGCGAGUCCCUCCCGGUCCAGAAAGAAGCAGAGGCGAUCUUCGAGGUCGACACUGGCCCAGGCGACAGACUGAACAUCGCCUACAGCUCGUCAACCGUGACCCGAGGGCGUGCUCGCGGUGUCGUCGUGGGAACCGGAAUGAAGACCGAGAUUGGAGCUAUCGCUCAAGCCCUCCGCGGAACUGACUCGAAGCGUCGGCCUGUCAAGCGUGGUCCCGAAGGUGAAACAAAGAAGAGAUGGUAUAUCCAGGCUUGGACAUUGACGACCACUGAUGCUAUUGGUCGGUUCUUGGGUACCAAUGUUGGUACGCCUUUGCAGCGGAAACUAUCCAAGCUGGCACUUCUUCUCUUUGCCAUUGCUGUUGUUUUUGCAAUUGUCGUUGCUGCGUCGAAUGACUGGCGCGGUGAUAGCGAGGUUAUCAUUUAUGCGGUCGCGACUGGUCUGGCUAUGAUUCCGGCCUGUUUGGUGGUUGUGUUGACAAUCACCAUGGCCGUGGGUACGAAACAAAUGGUCCAACGUCAUGUCAUUGUCCGGAAGCUGGAUUCCUUGGAGGCACUCGGAGCUGUCACCAAUAUCUGCUCAGAUAAGACUGGUACUCUGACCCAAGGCCGCAUGGUCGCGAAGAGGGCUUGGCUUCCAUCCCUAGGAACUUACUCAGUCGGUGCCUCAAAUGAACCUCUCAACCCCCAAGAUGGUGAGCUGAGCUUGAUGGCCGAGCCCCCGAUCAAACUGGGUGCGGAGAAUUUGGGCGAUGCAGCGUCCCCAGAUGACCUCUUAAAAGACAACGAUACACUCAAGGACUUCCUCAACGUCACUGCUAUGGCUAACUUGGCCCAUCUCCAUCAAACUGCUACCGAUGGAUGGCAGGCUCGCGGCGAACCCACCGACAUUGCCAUUCAGGUUUUCGCCUCUCGGUUUAACUGGGGCUUGAAUCGCUGGACCAAGGGCGACAAGCCGAUCUGGCAACAACAGGCCGAGUAUCCAUUCGACUCAAGUGUGAAGAAAAUGUCUGUUAUUUUCACAAAGCGUGACGACAACUCAGAGAAGAGUCGCGAAAUGAUCUUCACCAAGGGCGCUGUCGAGCGAGUUCUCGAGGCAUGUACCACUAUCAAAUGGAAACCUGACUCCGAACCCGUUCCUAUCAGCGAUGAAAUGCGCGAAGAAAUCUUGCAGAAUAUGGAAGCGUUGGCUAAAGAGGGUCUUCGUGUGCUAGCUAUGGCCGGCCGCGAGAACACCUCUCCCGCAAAAGAAGGCAGCGACCCUCUUCCCCGCGACGAGGUCGAGAAGGACUUAUCGUUCUAUGGUUUGAUCGGUCUCUACGAUCCCCCUCGUCCGGAGACGGCUGGAGCCAUUGCCCUGUGCUACAAGGCUGGAAUCUCCGUGCACAUGGUUACCGGUGACCACCCCGGUACUGCGCGUGCGAUUGCUGCGCAAGUCGGAAUCAUUCCCGCGAACAUGGAUCUGAUCGCCAAGGAUGUUGCUGAUGCUAUGGUCAUGACGGCUUCACAGUUUGACAAAUUGACCGAAGACGAGAUUGAUGAACUUCCCACACUUCCAUUGGUUAUUGCUCGCUGCGCGCCUAAUACGAAAGUCCGUAUGAUUGAUGCACUCCACCGUCGUGGGCGCUUUGUUGCUAUGACCGGUGAUGGAGUUAACGACUCUCCCUCACUUAAGCGGGCUGAUGUCGGUAUCGCUAUGGGUCAGAAUGGCUCUGACGUGGCCAAGGAUGCUUCUGAGCUAGUGCUGUCUGAUGAUAACUUUGCUUCUAUCAUCAACGGUAUUGAGGAAGGUCGUCGUAUUUUCGAUAACAUCCAGAAAUUCGUUCUGCAUCUUCUUGCGGAAAAUGUUGCCUUGGCUUUGACACUGCUUAUUGGAUUGGCCUUCAAGGAUGACACCAACCAGUCUGUCUUCCCUAUUUCCCCCGUCGAAAUCAUCUGGAUUAUCAUGAUUACCUCUGGUCUCCCUGAUAUGGGCCUGGGAAUGGAGAUCGCCGCUCCAGAAGUGAUGGAUCGGCCACCGCAAAGUAAACAAGGUAUCUUCACCUGGGAAAUCAUCAUCGAUACCCUUGUCUACGGAGUCUGGAUGGCUGCCCUCUGUCUGUCAGCAUUCUCUCUCGUCAUGUUUCAAUGGGGCAACGGCGAUCUCGCCCAGGGCUGCAACACACAUUACAACGACCCCAGCAAACCUUUCGACUGCGACACAGUUUUCCGCGCCCGCGCGACAACAUUCACCUGCAUGACCUGGUUUGCCCUAUUCCUCGCCUGGGAGAUGAUGCAUCUCCGCCGCAGCUUCUUCCAGAUGCAGCCCAACUCAAAGAAGGUCUUUACUCAGUGGAUGCAUGAUAUCUGGCGCAACAAGUUCCUCUUCUUCGGUAUCAUGACUGGCUUCGUUCUUGCCUUCCCUAUUAUCUACAUCCCUGUUAUCAACCACAGUGUGUUCAAACACAGCAGUAUCUCCUGGGAGUGGGCUAUCGUCUUUGUUGAGACGGUGCUUUUCUUCCUUGGUAUUGAGAGCUGGAAGUGGUGCAAGCGUAUUUACUUCCGCCGUCAGGACCGAAAGGCUGCGGCUCGGGGUGAUGGCGAUCGUCGGGAUAUGAGAGAUUUCAGUCGAUAUACCACUAUGGACCGCUCGGAUACUCAGGCUAGUGAGGUGAAGGUGGAACAAUCUAUGGUUUAG